GGCGUCAUUUUUUCGGGGCAAUGUUCAACUAAAAACUGAGCGGGUACACAACUAUAAGUCGUCUGGAUAACUCAACCAACGCGCCACCUUUCGGAUUAUCUGUUAAAAUAGCAAUAAAACAACAUGGCUGCACCUACAGGGAGUGGAAGCAGACCAAUACUCACUUACGAGGAGCUGGACAGAUUUGCCAAAUGUGUAGAAGAUAAGUCAUCAGGUUGCAAGCCAACUGUCGGAAUAAUUACGCCCUGGCUGAGCGAUUUGAAGCAAAGUUUGGAGGAGCGAAUAAAGAUACCCUUUAGCAGCAUACCAGAUUUCCCUCUUAGUUUAGAGGGAGCAAAGGAUGAUGGGUUUGUUAUUGGGAAACUUGGUGGGAAGACGGUCAUCUGUGCCGAAGAACACCUCCAUCUCUACGGUGGAUACCCGGUGUGGCAGGUAGUAGCAUCGACCCGAGUUAUGAUCAUACUUGGCAUAAAAUCACUGGUCAUAACAAACUACGCCAGCAGCUUGAAUAAGAGUUAUAACAUCGGGGACAUCAUUGUCCUUAAGGAUCACCUGUUCCUACCUGGUUUAGCGGGACACAAUCCCCUGAAUGGACCCGCCAUGGAAAGAUUAGGCGAACGAUUCGUAAACGUCACCAACCUGUACGAUACUGGCUUCAGGGAACUUUGCCUGGACAUCGCUGGUGAGUUGGACUAUCUGGACCACGUGCUGGAGGGAAGUUAUGCCAUGGUGUCCGGCCCGUCAACGGCUACACCAGCUGAGCUCAAACUGCUGGUCAACGCUUCGUGUGAUGUUGUUGGGAUGGACACGUGCCCACUGACCAUUGUUGCGAAGCAAUCUGGAAUCAAAACACUUGGUCUUUCGCUGGUGAUCAAUCGAAGCAAAAUGGACUACGAUGACGAAGACCAAGAUCAUGAAGACGAGGCUGUGAUUCGAGAGAUAAUGCCCGUUGUUAAACUCAUGUUAAUCAAGUUUCUUUCUCGGAUAUAAGGGACAGCACAAUUCCACAGAAAGGAAUGUUUUAAUGUCGCUCAGAUGUCACGAAAACAAAAAUGCGUUCGCUCUAAUUAUCCGAAAACCCCCUGCAAUUUGUUCGCUAGUUUAAGUUUAUUCUUAUAAUUUGUUUCUAACCACAUUUGCCUUAAAAUUUACCCCCCCCAUUAUUUUUUUUGGCCCGGCCGUAUUGAAUUUAAAAUGUAAAAUGUACAAACCUAUUGUGGCAAAAUUUUGGCUGAAUCGGUCUCUUAAUUUUGUAGUCAUGUCAAUUGGAGUUUUUUUUUAUUAGUUUCGGGGGAAAACGGUGGCGAUUUUGUUUUUUCCCCAAAAAAUUCACUUUCGCUAGGUCAAAAUUGUAUACAUGUACACCAUCUGAUUCAUGCUCACGGGUCUAAUGGCACAUUUUCAUGUAAAAAUAAUUGCAUGUGAAGUUUUACCAUAUUUUAACAUUCGUACCAAUCAGCCAGUAGAGGGCGCCAGCACGGCUCCGCGGUGGAGCUAGUUGCUGGUUGGCCCCCUGCUGGAAGAUUGGGAAACCCGCUCGCCUGGGGAUGUUUUCCUAUGUCUAGAUCUGUGGAUUGAUAAAGAUUGGACGUCUGGAAUAAAACGGUCAGGAAUUCAA